UCCAGCAUCCUCCUCUGAGCCGGCUUUGCAAUAAGCCUGGGGUUUAAUCUUGUGGCCACUCAACGUGGCUACGGCUAGCCAUUCCUAGCUCAGUGGCGGGUUACUCGGUAGAGAGCUGCCACCUCUGCUGACUGUCCUUCUUGUUUCUUGAUGACUCUGCUCUAAGACAUGCAAUAAAGCUCUAACAAAAGCAACUCCUGCUACUAGGGCCCUCGGGGAGUGGAUUGCUGCAGCCGGUCCUCCAAUCCCCCAUUACUGUGACAGGCUCAAACCAGGAUGAAACCAUUCUCUGUCUAGCCCAGACAUCAGAGUUACGUGGGUAUUAAAAUCAAAUCGGAAACAGAGUUUUGGGCCAUGUCACUAAAAAUCCCUCCUAAUUACACACCUUUCAGCCUCUUGUGAUGUCACCAUUUCACUAGUUCACCUUGACCACUGAAUCGUCUAGGCUAAUGUAACAAGCAAAAAAAACGCAACCAAGCAGAAUUUUAAACCACAGAGGUCCCCUCUAUCCACUCUACAGCCGCACAGAAGAGGGCGGCACCCCAGGGUGGGGUCCGUUGUUUUGCAGCUUAUAUCUACAGACUGUUUCUUGGGCCAGGAGACGGGUGGGUGGGACUCUGCCCGGCUAGGAUGUGGCAAGGAUGGGGUUUGCUGUCUUGGCAUAGAAGGACUGUACCACCUGGGUCUGGAUCACAAGGGGAGGCACUUCAAGUGGUUUUAUCUAUUUGUGCCCUAAGAAUGUUAACAUGCAGAUGCUCCAGAGUCCAUGUGUCCAGCGGCAGGGAGGUUAAAGGGGAGCAGGGCGUGGGAUCUUGCCAUCCCUGCUAUUAGUGGGGGAUGCGACGUCCUCUCUGCACACACACCCAUGUAGUGGCAGACGCCUGGAAACUGGGCUCCUGAUACAGCUGCAUUGCACAGCAAUCAAUUCAUUCUGCUCACUGGACGCUGGAGGUAAGUUGCUGCUGCUCUGAGGGCAAGAGACCCUUCAUUGUAACAGCACUGACAUACCUCUUCUAAAUCUGCCCAGGGCUAGGGCAUUUGCAUGCUGUGGGUGAUGAGUCAAGGGGAAGUGAGGGGAUGUCUAUAAAUUACAUAAAGCAUUGGGGAGGGGGCUUAAUUUUGCUUGUUUGUUUCAGUGUUACAAGGGGUGGAUGGGUCAGUGGGUCUUGGCAAAAAUCACCAAACUAUGUUAUGUCAUUUAUAGACAGUCCCUGAAAGACGAACUGCCGGAAAGGGACUGAUGCCUUUAAAUGAAAUCCUAAUUUGAAGGCCCAGCGUUCCUGAUUCAUGUUACUAAUCGGGCUUUGGAAGAAAGAUUCUUUCAGGGCUGAAUAAAGUCCAACUUGGGCUGGAAAAUAGAAACCUAAGAAAUCAGUUUCGUUUCCUGUGUUGUUUACGCACACAGCUGUAAGCGGGCCUUCUGUUUGGGCCAAUCAGCGUAGAGAAGCCCUGUUAGAGCUUGCGUAGCUACAGCUGAGAGGGGGGCAAAUCCUUUGUCAAAGCGUCUGAAUCUCUGUCUUCUACCAGCUUUUAGGGGAGACAAGGUGGGUGAAGUAAUAGCUCUUACUGGCCCAACUCCUGUGGGUGUGAGAGAUGAGCUUUCGAGCUACACAGAGCUCUUCGUCAGACCUGGGACAGGUACUCCGAGUGUCACAGCUAAAGGCAAGGUAGCACAGAUUGUUUAGAAUACGGAGUUGACACCUAGUCUAAAGGACCAGUCCAGGUGAUGUGGCCCGUUUAACACCCCGGCGGUCAUGGGACAAAGGGGUGAGUGGGUUACGGAUUGUUGUCAUAAGCCAGAAAUCCAGUGUCUUUAUUAAGCCCAGGAUUUUUAGUGUCUAGCAAAAUUAUGAAUUUCAGCUUCCAGGCUUGUCUUUUGAGGGUGCUGUGCUGGUUUCCUUUGAGGACAAGGCCUGAGACAGAGAGAUCACAACAGAGGGAGCCUUUAGUGAGAAGCGUUUGCCCCCCAGGUGAUAGCAUGUUUUGUCUUUAAUCAUUUUCAUGCGUGAGUCCAUUCGAGAGCGCAGCGAUUGGCUGGCUUCACCCACAUAGGGACCGGCAGGGCUUUUCCCCCAGCUGGCUUAUUAUAUGGUUUUUAGAAGCCUCAUUCCAGUUUACACGGCAGCUGCUAUAGAAGGGGAGGAAUUCACACAUGCCAAGGGGGCGAGGGAAGGAGACAGGGGCAAAGACGACCCUAUGCUGAGGUGGUGACAGUCCAGGCAGGGGAAGGGAAGAGCAGACAGAGGGGCUGGGAUGUGGGUGUUACUCUAGAAUUUUUUGAUGCGUGUGCUGCUCCCCAGCAGAUCUGUGCUCCCCACACGUGCACUGGGCAUGACUCCUUGCAGCUAGGAGUUCACUUGUCCGUGAGAAGAUCCCACACCCUCCAUGGGGGGACCAGCUAUGCAGGAGGAGGAUGGGGUGCAGGUGGGGUUACCCCAGCUAUUAGCUCAGGCUCCACAAAGGAAGGGGCCUGUGCUGAUGCUCUCUUGUGUUAGUGGCUCUGGGACACCUCCCUGGGCGUUUGCUAGGCGGGAGCUGCCCUAUCUGCUGCGGACAUAACCCCAGGCCUCUGGCACCGGCCCUGAGGCACGGGGCGUGGGUGGAGUCUUAGAACUGAUCUAAGUGUUUUUCUGGCUUUUUGCUCAGGGCUGACGAAGCGGAGCUGCUAUCCCAGUGAUCAGGGUGUGUGGGUCAGAGUCUCAGUCAUGGUUGGAUUUAUCCCCAUUGCUGUUGGAGCAACUGUUGGAUUAGGAGUUGCCACCGUUGCUGUCCCAGGAGCACUCGGGGCAGCAGGCUUUACUGGUGCAGGCAUUGCACCUGGGACCCUUGCUGCCAAGAUGAUGUCAGCAGCGGCCGUAGCCAAUGGAGGAGGGGUAGCCGCUGGAAGUACUGUGGCAGUGCUGCAAUCCGUGGGUGCUGCAGGACUUUCUCUUGCUACCAAAGGUGCGGUGACAGCUGUUGGGGGAGCACUUUCAUUCUUCUAUCCAAAGUGAAAGCUACGACUGCUCUUCCCUCUUCCUCCUGCAGAAACAGCCGCUGCAGCCUGCCUCUUGCUUGUCCUGCCUUCUCCACAAACAGCCCUUACAAUCCGUUUGGCUGGUGGCUGAAAUGGGAGAAAACAAUAAAAGCUUUUUGCUGAUUUAAA